AUGAAGAAAGCAAUCAAACAGAAAGUAAAGAUGUUAGGGGCUUUGGAAUUGGAUCGACAGAUUAAACGCAAAUUGGAAUCCACUAAUUACUCAAUAUUAUAGAAUUUUGAUGUAUAUCAACUCCCAUAUUGCAGAAGACCUCAUAAACACUAUGCUGAUGUUGAGUAAUUGAAGAAAUUCUUAUAGCACAUACCAUAUCUCAAGGAAAUCACUGAAGGCAUGUCGAUGAGAUUGGUUGAGAAGAUCAUACAUCAAUUAUCAUUAAAAUUCCUGCCUGCUAAUAGUUAAUGUGAUUCUCAAUUUCAGAUAAUGUUGAGUGGAGAAAUCCAAAUAGGCUAAAGAACAUUUGUUUAGACUGACACUCUGAAUGAAGUGGGGACAGUUAUAAGAGAUGCUUGGGUUUUGGUAUUAAGUAACGAGGGAUACAAUGACCUCAUUAGAGAAUAUCAUGAGAAUCUGUUGGCUUAGAAGUUACAUCUGAUUCAACAAUAUUCAGUAUUCAGCAAAAUCAGCAUUCAGAGGUUGAAAAAUCAAUUGGAUUAAUUUAAAUAAGAAUAGGCUACCAACAACACAAUACUAUAUUAAGAAAAACAACCAGCCGAUUCAUUCUAUUUAAUAGUUUAGGGGGAAAUCAAACUGAUACAAGAAGAUAUUGAAUUAUAAUUGUUGGGACCUAAAUGUGUUUUUGGAGAAAUGGAAUUGGUCGAGGGAAAUGAACUCAGAUUACACAAAGCCAUUGUUACUCAACAUACAUCUUACUAUAGAAUAGGAUAUCAUCAAUUAAAAAUACUCUUGAAUUCAAGUUGCUUAUAUGAAACAUUUUGUUAGAAUUAUCACAUUAAAGCCUAAUUUUGGAAGGCGAGAAAGUAACAAUGCAAAAAAGAAGUAAUUAUACCCAUUGACUACUCUGAAUUCAAACAUGAGAUCCCUAAGACAUAUCAUAACUACCUCUCUGCUUCCAAAUUGCUAAAGUAUGCAAAAUAAAGCACUAUUGUUACAUAAGAUGAUCAAUAAGAAACAAAAGAGGAUAAAGUACUUGAAUAUUACAAAUAAUUCAAUCAUCAAAUCAAAUAAAAUUUUAAAAACAACCAUUUACUUAGAAAGGUAUUAAUUUAGGCUAAGUAAACUAAUCAUGACUUACCCAUUAUGAAGGGAUUGCAAUUAGAAAGAUACUUACCCAAGAACCAUUUCACUCAUAAGAAGUCACUUAAAAUUAUUAAUCAGUUCAAUGAAACAAAACAAUAAGGAUUUGUAUUAGAUAUAGAAUCAUAUCCAACAACAACUACGUUUGUGAAGGGAUCCAGAUUAUUUAGUGCUGCAACCAGAUAACAAUCUGCUGCUACCUGUAGGUUAUAAUCAGCAGCACCAAAGUUAUUUACAAGUCCUUCGUAAUUAUAAUCUUACAGGCCGAUGACAGCAGUUUAAAGAUCAAAAACAAAUGAAGCUAAAUGA